AUUUUCUUUUGUGUAACCUCUCCCCCAGCCUCGCACCAUCUGCACCAUCACCUGAGAGCUUCGUCCCUAAACUCUUUCCACCACUUGCGAAAUCACAAAUCUGAGAUAAAAUUGCUUGACGCUGUUAGUGAGGUUAAAUGUUAUUGAUCGGCCGCUAUUGAGGUUUACCUUUCUUUCAAUCUUGGCUUCGGCGCGCGCAGUUGGCCGUGAGGAGGAGACACAUUCACGCCCUUCCAAAUACGCUUCAAAUCUUUGACAGGGUGCGUCUCUCUAGCACUGGAGCCCGUAUCCAGUUCUCGACGAGGCUGAAGCAUUUCCAUCAUCUCACCAACAACUUGUCAAUAUCUUGUUAUACACCCCAUCGAAACACACGGAAAUCUCUGCCUUGGUUACCGAAAACAUGGAAGCCUCCAGUGUUCCUAUGGGGCCUCAGCUCACUGAAGCAACAUAUCUCAUGACCCGCGAGAGAGCGAUGCUGCAAGCCGGUGACCUCAGACAGAAACUCGGUCAUCGAGGCUUCAACCAAGAAAGCCUUCUUCCUCAAAUGACACAGUGGCUAUCCCGUCCCGUUAUUAAGGUACUCGGCGACGAAAUGAAGAACAAGGUCUUCAUGUGGUGUCAUAAGUACAGCCCAAGCUGGCUUGAUGAGAUUCGUGGUGCGAAUGAGGACUUGUCUGAAUACCGCUACACAACACCUAUCACUGAACCCUCCUCGAUCGACACCACUGCAAUCGAGAGUCUUCAGAAAGAGCUCGGUGACAAGCUUGAUGUAUUAAAGAAGGAAAUCAUGACCGAACAGACGAAGCUUAACAUAUAUAUUCGUGGUCAGAUGCAGCGCCUGAAUGGACAACACAAUAGCCCCCAAGCUGAGCGGCGGAGUCAACGAAUCGGGUCUCAAAGCACUGGAUCCGACAUAUCGAAGAAGCUGCAAAAGGUUCACCAGGGUCUUUGCCUUCUCGUGACAGAAAAGAGUGAACUCGUCGAUCUUUUCCACGACAUUGCCACAAGAUUGGACAAGGACUUCGCGCAGAAGCGAUCAAGGCCUGGGGCCAGAGAUUUGUGGUCUGAAGACCAAUUGGAAGACUUGACCCAGCAUCAGACACUCGGCCUGGGAAUGGGUAGGAUGGAAUGCAAGCUUCUUAAGAACAUCGUGCGAGAUGCUUCAGCUGGUGAGGUAUCGUUUGAAGACGUGGAGUAUUUCUGUCGACAGGUUACCACUCAUGAGCAAUUCAAGGAGAUCAUGGAGGGCGCUGGGCUUCUCUAGAAAUGAAAGUCUAGUUUCUAUCUGGAGGGUGACAUAAGUUGCUGAUAGUGGUUUAUUUUGGAGUCAAGGAAAUAAUGGUCAUUUACUGAAUCGCCUCGUUGAAUGCAUCGACAAGACGAGUGGCUUCACUUCACUUAAGCUACUCAAUCCUUGGAUGACAGUAAAUAAAUUACAGUUAUAGGUG